AGAAGAGGACCGGUUUGGUGUCUGGCAGAAGGAGCCGUCAGCUGUGGAGGGUGCUCACUCCCUUUACGGUCCCGGGUCACAAAUAAAUAAAAGAUUAAAAAAAAAAGAGAAACAAGGAAACAACGGGACUCCCUCCCACCUGUGACCGGACGGGCGAUGGAUAACAGUAAACGCACGGUGGUCGUUACAGGUUUUGGGCCAUUUGGAGAGCACACGGUCAACGCCAGCUGGGUAGCAGUACAGGAACUGAAGAAGCUUGGACUGGGCGGUGAAGUGGACUUGCAUGUGUCUGAAGUUCCUGUAGAGUAUCAGACAGUCCAGAGUUUGGUUCCCUCAUUAUGGAAGCAGUAUCGCCCACUGUUGGUAGUUCAUGUUGGAGUCUCAGGUAUGGCCACCACUGUCACACUGGAAAAGUGUGGCAGAAAUCACGGCUACAAGGGCCUGGACAACAGCAGCUUCUGUCCUGAUUCACAGUGUUGCAUCGUGGGAGGCCCGGACUGUAUCGACUCAGUCAUUGACAUGGAAUCAGUCUGCAAAAGAGUGAGCGCCUCUGGGCUGGGAGUAGCUGUGUCCGUCUCCAAAGACGCUGGAAGGUAUCUCUGUGAUUUCACCUACUACACAUCUCUGUACCUGAGCCACGGUCGCUCUGCCUUCAUUCAUGUGCCUCCUCUUGGAAAGCCUUACAGCCGGGAAGACCUGGGCCGUGCACUGCAGGCCAUCAUCCGGGAGAUGCUGGAGCUUCUGGACCAGGCCGAGGAGAAGAUUCACUGCCAGCACUUCCACUAAGUGACCUCCAGAUGCCAACCAGCCUCUCCAGCCUUUACCACACAAGAGAAAUUGCACUUAACCACAAGUAGCCAAACUUCUUUUUUUGUUUGUUUUUUAUUGUCAUCUUUUCUUGGACAAAAUGAAAAUGUUGGUGUAUCCCAUCUUUUUAGCAUUUGUUCCUCUUUGUCUUAGGUUUUUGCUUCAUGUUUUGCCUCAUUCCGUUGUGUUUUAAUGUCUCCCGAUGGUGAGAAGAUAAAAUGGAGGUCUCGAGACAACCCUCAGUCACACUAUAAUAGAAGCUUUUGUCCCACUUUCAAGGAACAUAACACUUUCUGACUUUGGAGUUUAUAAUAUGUGAAAAACUUUAAGUUUCACUAAGAAACACAGAAGCAAAGUGCAGCUCAUAUUUGUUUAUAUGCAGAAGGUCCGUAAAGUGACAGACAGUCAACCUAUAAGCCCCAAAUGUGACUCCUAUUAAUGCACCUUAUAGUGUUAGGGUUAUUGAAAUGGUUAUAGAAGUCACAUCUGGAGAAACUGUGAAUAUACUCUACAGUAUUUAACUUCCAUAAUGCUUCAUCCUCAGAUUUUGAGUUUCAUAUUUUGAAUUUCCACUGGGACACAGUAUGUUACAGUCAACUCACCUCAGUGUCUAUAAAUGAUUAAUGUACAUGAUACAUUAUGGGUUAAGUAGAAAUGUUUAUCAGUGAACUGUGUUUGCUAAGUUCUGUUUUCUUUUAACUACCUUCUAACUUUGCUGUUCCACACUUGAUGUUACGUUGUUUUUUCAAGUCCUUUUUUCUUUAUAAGAAGUUGUAAAUUUGCCUACUUUUACAAAGGUUAUUUAAAUCAGGGAACGGGUUGGUUCCAGCUCAUAUUCCCCCAGUUUGUUGGCCCAAUUCUGACAGAAACCCCCCCAAAUCCACUCCACUGAGAUCUGGCCCCAGGCUGUGCAAUGUUAUUUACAGAUCUCAAGUUCAGUGAUUUACUUUUAGGUUUGUCAGAAUUAUAUUGUGGCUGCACAGUUAUUUGAGAAAAUUUAGAUUUUUUUUUUUUUACAUUUAUAGAUUUUAUAAAACAGUUUCUGGUUCUAAAUCUAAAUUGUAUUAAUUCAUAUCCAUUCAUAUUCUUUUUAAAUGACUGAACAAAGAGAAGAUCUUUUCUUUCCUGUUCAUUUAAUAUAAUGAGUUACUAUGGACUGCGCUGGAUUUCUG